AUGAGCACACGCGUCACCAGAGCCGAAGCACGCAGGAGGAUGGCGGCCCUCCAGGAACCUCGCCCGGGGCAAGGAUGGUCGGAGACCCGGCCUUCCCGAGCUCCGCGGCGGGCCCUGAAGCGGACCCGCGACGAGGACUCCGCACCAGAACCCGCGGUGAGCUCCGACAGCGACGUGGAGGUGGUCGGCGAUCCCGCCGUCGAGGAGAGAGAGUGGCGACUCCGGAAGGCGGCGGCGGGCGGUCGGAUACCGCGCGGGACGACGGACAUCGGAGGAGCGGAACUCCCGAGGAGCCACUCGGAGGAUGUCUGUCGGGCCACCGAGGAGACUCGGAAACGGUUCCGAGACGGGGAGCCGUUGGACGAGGAGCAGCAGCGGUCGACGGAGGAGGAGGCAAGAUGGCAGGCGCGGCUGCGGCAGGACCACGAGGCGACGGCGGCGCGAUGGCAUGCCGACGGCAGUGGGAGGCACCUGUGGAGGACGCGUGGGAAGUGCCACUCACCCCCAGAUACGCGGCCGAGGAGCGAGGACGAGGACGAGCCAUGCGCGCCAUCCCCUCCGCCGUGGUUGCCCGAGGUACCACCCACUCCCCGCUACGAGGGGGAGUGGCUCACGGACGACGCUCGAGACGGCGACGGAGGGGCACCGUUGGCCACGCCGCCGUGGAGGCCGGUCCAGCCACCCACGCCACGAUACAUCGAGCCACAGCGACCGGAAGAGCACACGCCUAGCGAAGAGGCGACCGCGCAGCCGAUGCCACAACCACAGGAGGAGGAAGCCCACCAGGCACGGGGGGAGGAGCCGUCGGUGGUGCGGACGGAGGUGCCGGCCGCGCACGUGAGCCACAGCACACGGGCGUUCGUGGCCGAGGGUGUGCGGUGGCGGCAGCAGACGCUGGUAUGGACGUGGACCGAGGGGCCCGCGACAGGACCGACGAAGGAGGAGCCCAGGAUAUGGGAGGAGGGGGUACCCAAGGUCAACCCUCGGGACCCCCGGACGAGAAGCCGACAGGAUGCGUGGGUCCCGCCGACACCAAGCACGGGCCCGCCGACACCGGCGACGACGGCAACGACGGGGGAGGCAGAGUCGCUGGAGAAGGGACCGUGGGUGUGGCCCGAGCCACCGGCCACCCAAAGACCUCCGUUGCAGCGGCAAGUUUCGACGCCCGGAUCGACGCGCCCGCGGCCGCAGUUCAUGCGGCAAGUGUCGGCCCCGGAAGAAGGAGGUUGGCGCGAGGUUGCCAGGAGCGAGUGGCCGGAGGGGAUUGAGGAGGCACCCGCGGUCGCGACGGCACGGCGGAAGGGCGGCAGGCGUUGCGUCCUGGUCAACGACGGCGGAAGGAGGUACCGGGUGAGGCUCGGAGUCGCGGGCAUCCGGGUAUUCACACAAUAA